UGACAGCGUACUGAGCAGCUCUUGUUUCUGUCUCCAAUUAUCCAAGCGUCUUAUCGCGAUGCCUCCCAGUCAUCAUCAUCAUCAUCACCGCUCGCUAUCUCGCGGGUCGACUCGUUCGUUGUCUCCUCGUUCACCGUCACCGCCAUCGCAGACUUUUCACUCGUCGAUUCUACCUCACCCUAUUCCUACCCCGGCACUUGUCGAGUCUGUCGCUGGUGCCGCCCAUUACUCAGGGGUCAAAGUAGAUCCAGAAACGUUGAAACACAGACGAGCGAGUAUAGAUCGACGAGAGACCUCCACCAAUGAGCCGGUGAAAGCAGACCACCAACGCAUUAUGGCUGACUUGAAGGAGCUCUAUUGUUGCCGGCCUACCAUGGAGAUUUUCGAAAGGUCGUGGAACAAGGACGCAGUGUUUGAGGACCCUCUUUCGUAUUGCAAAGGCUACAAAGAGUAUGCUGCCCAGUGGUUUGUUCUGCCGAAAUUGUGCUCCAAGUCGGAGACGCUGUCUACGAGAAUCAUGUCGUCGACGAGCUCCCCGAACCGAUUGGUAUUUGCGCAGAAACAAGAGUACACAGCACGACUGUUUGGGCAUAAAAAGGUCAUUGACUCGAUUGUCGUCGUUGACCUUGACCGUGAAGAGAAGAUUGUGAGAUUGGUUGAUCAAUGGGAUGGAAAGGUGCCGACAUGGUUUGGAUCGCACACAUUAAGACGUGCGAAUGCCAAGGUUGUCCCUUGGCUUGUACAUGUGCCGAAGCAGGCAUGAAUAUUUUGGGGGGGACAUUUAUACUACUCUAGGAUAUAAUAUAUACUUGUAAUAUAAUAUUAUAUGCGAAAUAUGGUAUUCUCCGGCCACGUGAAUUUCAAC